GGCUACAGUCAGCGUCUUCGCGUUCGCUUUCUCGACCCUCGUUCGUCCAAGUACCGCUUUUUUGCUCGAGUUGCGUAGCGGCACGCGGCACGCAGCGCGCAACAGACAGUGUGCCGAGAGCGCCGAGGAUAGCAGCAACGUCGCGGAACCUGGCGUUUUGUCGCCUGUCCAUGCGGGCCGGCGUCUCAAGCGUCUCGACAGCGCGCGUGCGGAUGCGCCAGCCGCCGGCCAAGCCACGGUGACACAGCUUGAGGGAGCCUCCGACACGGGCCCUACUGCCCCAGGGUCGCCGCGGAACCCCGGAGGCCUAAAGCAGGAGGCCAGGCCCGCGUCGUGUCGACCAUGGCUUCGAGGCACCGAUCCCUGCCGCCGUCUCGUCGGGAGAAGAAGCGCGCCGACGGUCUCCCGAUUGCCGACACCGAUGUGCCAGAGUGGCUGGACGUCAUCCAAUUCGGCCACGUUGGUCCGAUCCGAGACGUGUUCAAGACGAUCCCGGAAGACAAGUCGGCGGUGCCUUCGUGUUACGAGUCGGGUGACUCGACCAGCCUGUCGAGCUCGGACAACGCUUCGGAGGGCGGCAAGGACGGUCUCCUGAAGGAUCCUGGGCGCUACUCGUUCCGGUCGACGGAGGGCGGCGGCAACGACGAGGGCGUCCGGAUCACGCACAUGUGCAUGGCUCGGCGGGGCUCCGUCAGGUCCACCGGUUUCGAAGCCGGGGAGAUCGUGGUCGAAGCCAACGACGACGACCUGCCCGAGAUCUUCGUUACCGCCGAUUCGAGGCGCUCGCCUGACGGUGAGAACGACGGCGGGUGCGGCAUCGGCAGGGAAUCGUUGCGCGCAUCGCUGCCCAAGGACCUCCUCAGGGUGCCUCAGAGCCGAAAGGGACGCAUGGUUGUGUCCAGUUCCAGAAAGGGGGGUCGCAAGAAAACAUUCCAAGUGUCCGAAGUGCGGCGCGCACCGUCGGACUCGGCUGACUCAGGAAUCUACACCAGUUUCGGGAAGGACAUCCGGAGUUACGGCCUUCCUGAAGAACAGCCCGAGCCGACGAAUGCCGAGAGGGAAAUGUCCCUCUCGGAGCAAGAAGUGGCGGCGACAUCGGAUGUCCAGGCUGCAAGCCCGCCGACCACGCCGAGGGAGUCCGGACGCAGUUCGCCGAUGUCAACAGCACAACUCGAAGCGGAACGUCGGCGACGUCAGCGCAACACCGAGCUCGCCACCAUUUUUAUCUUCGUGCCUGUGCUCAUAGCAUGGGUGCUCAUCGUGCCAUUGGUGCUGUUUUCCUACUCGUUCGAGAACCCAUACAGCAAGCAGUUCCAGGUGGCCCUGUGGAUCUGCAUACCUGUGUCCACCCUUGUGCUCAGCUUCACCUGUCUGCUGAGCAACGUGUACUGGUACUACGACCAGGAGUCCGGACGCUGGCGCUACCUCCUUCACUGCGGCAAGGGACCCGCGGGCUUCUACUUCGGAGACGUACUGAGCGACACCGUCGGGGGUGCUCGCAAGAGCGCCAUGGUGGAGGUGGUCUGAGCACUUAGGACUCGGAGCUCGAGCCACUCGCAUGUAGGCGGUUGAGGUGCCGGGAUGGCGGUGCCAUUGUAAAUAGCCUGCCGUCUGUCGUUGUGGGGCAUAGUGCCAUCUACGCGCCUGUUGAUCUUUUUGCAUUAUUUUAGUUGUUGUAUGUCCCGACGAUUCGCGAGAGCUCUUUGGAGCCUGUAAAGGUGGUCGGGGUGUGUGUAGAUACUUUAGGAGUCGGAUAAGCACUGACCGGUAGUAGUGUGAAUAUUCUGAUUAUCUUCGAGUAGCUGACUGGAAUAUCGGAGGACGCAGCCGUUGGUAUGUUUAGAUACUUUAGGAGUCGAAUAAGCACUGACUGGUUGUAGUGUGAAUGUUCUGAUUCUCUUCGAGUAACUGACUGGAAUAUGAGAGGACGCCACUUCGCGUUUUUAGGUGAAGUUCUACAUUUUGUGGGGCAGCAGUGAACGCAUCUUCUGAGCAAUGUGAUUGUAAUUUGUUCACACCGCGAUGAUUCCACGCAUAUCCAGUGCAUAAAAAACUGGGUUAUUCAGUGCUCCAAUUGAGGAAGCUGUUAAUAAAGCCUGUUCGAUAUCCGUUCAUUUUCGACCAUUGGUGUUAAUACUGUGAAUUACUGUUUUUACUGGCGCGGUGAGCUCGUUGAUUUUGCUACACGAGAAUUGGAUUAAAUCGACCAUAGCGAACAAAGCCGUUUCUUUCUAAUGCAGUACGUACUAUACUGUUCACGUAAAUCAGUGUAGUGACCUCGUUCUUUCGUUAGUUUAAUGGUACGCAUACAGCUCCUAGCCAUACCGCCAGAAAACACAAUUAUUAUGUUGUUUAUAGGUAUACAUUUUAUGUAUAAAAUAUUUUUUCUUUUCUGUGUGCGAGUCGAAAUGUAUAAAACGCCAGAUCACCGCAAAACUGAGUUCCAAACGGUGUCAACACCUAGGUGCAUGCUUUUUGCCGACAAUGUCGUGUCGACCGUAAAAUUUUGAGAGAGGACGUCGGUAAUGUUUGUGAUCUUGUUGCGAACUUUUCAGAAACAAAUAAGCAAUAUUUCAAAAGAUUUCGAGAAAAGUCACUUCCUUUUUUUUGUGUAUGUAUAUCCUUUGACUUACAUUCUUUGCAUUCUUUCUUUGAGUUAUUUUUAUCUGCGAUAUAAAACCAUAAUGAGGGCGCACGUCUCAACUUUCUGUUUCUACUUUGCAGCCAAAUAUACAAUGAUGGUUAUUUAAAGCAUCCGUGUGACCUGACAGUUUAAUAUUGUAAAGGUAUUUUGGCUACGAAAAUUAAUGCUUCAUAAACAAACCCUUGUAAAGAAUUGCCACGAGUCCCCUUUUUUUUCGUGGGAAUAGCCCAUCAUCUGCAAUAAUGACUUAUCGUGGCCAGGGAUACUCGUAAGUUGGCUGUGUGGAACACAACUGGGUUGUAGUAUCCACAUCGCC